GAGAGCAAUAAAGUUGUUGAAAGCAAUCCAAAAUGGCUGCACCCAUGAAAGCAGAUGUCCGAAGAUUUUCUGUGUGUUUUCAGUUUGUGGGAAAGUAAAAUUAUUAAAAAGUAGGUGCGCACACACACAUUGAAAGAUGUCUACACCUAUACGAAAAGGGGAACGAAAAGUAAAGCAAGUACCUGCCAAAACAUCUUUCAACAGUCCUUACAGUAUUGCAUGGUGCCCUUUGGCAAGUGCGGACAUGCAUUUUAUUCUGCAGCUAUUGCAAGACAAAUUUAAACAAAUUGGCCUGCAAAAGAGGGAACCUCCAAAAAGAAAAAGAAAAUGCCAAAUUGUUAAAAAAUCACAAAGUGGCGACCAAAUGGAGCUUGAGCAAACUCCCCAUGAAGAAAAGAAAGAGAUACCUGAAAGCAUUCCUCCAGUGACAGAAGCAGGAUGGACUGACCCGUCUGUCAGAAAACAGCUGGCUAUAGGAAUCAACGAAGUAACCCGGGCUUUGGAAAGGAACGAACUUUGCCUAGUGUUAGUUUGCAAAUCUGUGAAGCCUGCUCAUAUGACCAAUCAUUUAAUUCAAUUAAGUGUAUGUCGUGCAGUCCCAGCUUGUCAGGUGCCACGUCUCAGUGAGAGUAUAGCUGCUGUGCUGGGUCUUAAGUGUGCCCUGGCACUGGGCUUCAAAAGAAACUCGGAAAGCUUCACUGAUGAAGUCAAAGCCAUAAUACCAAAAGUCCCUUCACUGCAGGUUCCUUGGAUUCAUCAAGACGGUAAAAUUGCCAUGGAAGAUCAAAGUUUUUCCAGAGAAGAAACACAAGAAGGUGGGCAGAAGGAACGGGAUGCCGACCUGAGCAAGAAGCGGAAGCUUGGUGAGGAUUCGCCAGAAGAGGAGCUGGAAAGUAAAGAAGUGAUAACUUUGCAACCCCUUAAAAUAAAAAAGGUGAUUCCCAACCCCCAAAAGAUACGCAAGCCAAAAUUUAAAAAGCAAAAGAAAUAGCAGUCCUAACUAUUCAUAUUUCAUGAUGUGUCUGGAUCUGUAACUAGAAGUAGUCGAAGUAGAAGAUUUACGACCAUGUUAAGUUUGCAUUUUUUGUGCAAAAAAAAAAAAUCUAGGGCUGGUGUUACAGGAUUAGCAAGAAACAUGCAGUAGUGACUAAUUUAACUUUCUGAGGUAUUCAUUUUAAUAUUUGUAAUAUGCAUAUUUGUUAACCUAGAAAGGUGGUAAAUGUUUUGUGAAUGUUGAUCCUUGUAUUUUUUCUAACCGGAGCUGGAGUAACCUUCAUACAUGAUUAUAUGAUGUUGUGGAAAGAGCAUUUCAAACUGAGCUGAAGAACACCUUCUGAAGACUACCACUGUAUAAGAUGCUGCAGUAUGUUGCCUAUUGUUUAUUCUUCAAUCUUUCUUGUUUUCUUUGCUCACAGGUGAUUGUCUUUUCACUGCAUUUUCUGCUGCUAUUCCAUCUCUGUAAACUGUGAUUGUAAUCUUGCAGUUGACUAAAUAUGACCGAUUUCCUUUCAAGUCUUCAGAAAAACUGUACAAGCAUUCCAGUUACAGUUCAUAAAACAAAACUGGAAGGAGCCUAAAAAUAUACAAAACCUAUUUCACACGGGUUUCUGUUCAUUUAUUUCUCUGCUGCAAUUGUAAUCUGUAUCUAGGUUUUGCAGACAAAGAAAACUACUUUCUUUUUAAUAAACAUUGUUAUGUUGAACAAUGAGGGAAAAGUA